CAGAUCUUGAAUUAUAGAGGAAGUAAGAAUCAAAAUGAUUAGAGAACAGAACUUAAACACAUACAGAUAUACACUCUGUGGAGGCAGCCACUGGUUCUGCAAGUGAGUGAUCAAGAUGAAGAUGUUGUUGGUCGCUCUCCUGCUGAUAUCGACAACACAAACGCAUGCAGAGGAUUCUGCACUGCAAGCUGUUCUCUCACAGAAGGGACUGCAAACAGUAACUCACUGGUUGACUGACUGGCUGCAGAAUGAACUUGGUAACAUUACGCUCCCAGCUGUCAAAGGGAGUGUAUUUAUCAUUUUUGGUUCCGUGGAAUACGUCCUCUAUAACAUGUCCAUUCAGCGCUGUGAUUUGCCAGAACCAUCAGUUGCCUUUUCAGAGGGAACCGGAAUGUCUCUGCAAGUUAGUGGACUAUCCAUUGCCAUCACCGGACUAUGGAAUACACGCUAUGGUAUUAUUAAAGACGGCGGUUGGUUCGAACUGGUUAUGUUUACUGUCAGUCUCAACACGGUGUUGCAGCUGGGCAGAGAGGACGGGCGCCUCUCCAUUUCCACCCCUGUAUGUUCUGCCGAUGUGGAAAGUGUGCAAAUGAAUUUCCACGGAGGUGGAAGUCCUAUUUUCCAGCCAUUUGUAAAAUUCUUUCACAAGCACAUCACAAGCGAGAUCCGUGCAAAGAUUUGCCAAACUUUCGUAAAAGAAAUUGAAGCUCUGGAGAGCCAUCUAGCAGCGAUGUCUGUUGCCCUGAAGGUGGAUUCGUAUGUAUACAUGAAUAUUUCUUUGACAGACUCACCUCUAGUGAAGGACAGUGGACUUGGUUUGAAUGUUAAGGGUGAGUUUUACAGCAAUAAUUUCCCCUCGGAACCACCAUUUCCCUCCAACCAUUUUGAGCUGUCAUGGCGAGAGGAUUACAUGGUGUCACUGGGUGCCUCUGAGUUUUUCGUGAACUCAGCAGCGUAUGCUUAUCAGAGGGCUGGAGCGUUGAAAAUACGUAUCACAGACGACAUGAUCCCCAAGGCCUCGCCCUUCCAUCUGAACACAAGCCAGUUUGGACAACUGAUUCCUCAGCUCCCUAAGAAAUAUCCAGACCUACCAAUGCAGAUUCUGCUGUAUGCCAGUGAUGCUCCACUGUUUUCCUUUAAUAAAACAGUGAUAAAUGUCAAUGUGUCAGCUUCAGCCAAAGCCUAUGCCAUGAAAGCCAAUUCUGUUGCAAUACCCCUCUUUAGACUAGAUGUGGAAAGCUCGUUCAGUGGCAAAGCCUACAUUGACAAAUACCUGCUGAAAGGAGUGUUGCAAAUGAAAAAUUUGACCGUGACACUUGGAGCAACUGAGAUUGGUUGUUUCCCAGUCGGCCCCAUUGAGCAAGCAUUGAAGUUAAUAAUGAGCAGCUUUGUACUUCCAAAGUUGAAUGCCCAACUAAAAGACGGCCUUCCGUUGCCGCGUGUGAAGGGUUUUGGCCUCAGAAAUUCAGUGAUGACCAUUGAAAAUGGGUUUUUGGCACUUGCAACAGACCUCAGUGCCCCCUAUGGCAGCUGGCAGUGAGAGGCAUGUCCUGAAACAAGUGUUUUGUAAAGGUUUCUUAGGUUUUGACGUUUUAAUUUUCAACUAUAGGAUGUACCAUUGACUAAAAUACACAUGUUUAUUGAGGCACUGAUUGAUAGCAGUAGAGAAGCUCAGAAGCUCUUGUGAUCUUUAAUUGCAUGUAAAUGUAAAAAAAAAUUCAGCUUGAUUUAUAAAUCAAUUGCUUUUGUUGUUUAGCAACUUUUUUAAGAUUCAGUGUUUUUUUUUUAUUGUAACAAAAACUGACACAUGGCUGCUUAAUGACCAUGUUUAUUUGUAAUUACAAAAACAACAUAUCAUAUCACAGGAACCUGUGUACUAUUCCAUGCACUCUGAAUAUCCUAAAAGACCUGUUUUAAAGAUGUCUGAAUCACGCCAUCAAUUAUAAAAAAUAAAACUAAGACUGUAACUAAGAA